AUGACUCACCGCGUGGCCCACCGUAGCAUGCUGAAAGACUCGUAUGGAGCAGGAAAAGAGAAGGAUGCACAAGACACGUUGACGGAAACAGCGAGCAGCAAGGUCUCCGCGAGGGUUGUACUAGAGACCACCACCAGCAGCACCACCGGCAGCACCGCCCCCCCCGCUGACGGCGGCGGCAGCCUAGCUGACGGCAUUCCUAGCCCCACUCGCAGCAAGGUCACCGCGAGGGUUUUUGAGACGUCUCAAGAGGCGAGGGUUGUACUAGAGACUACCACCAGCAGCACUACCGGCGCCCCUGCUGACGGCGGCGGCAGCCUAGCUGACGGCAUUCCUAGCCCCACCCGCAGCACCCUCGACUUGGGUUCCCCGCUGCAGUUCGCCACAACCGUGGCUGUCGGCAAGGCUCGGCUGAGCUUCGGCAGCCAGCGCUGCGUGAACGUGUCGAAGAAGGCUCGGGGGAAGGGCGCGCAGGUAUGGUGGAAGGGGGCUAACAGCAAGGCGAAAGGCUUUUCCUGCUCGCAGAUCAAGUUCUUUGGACAGGGUGGCUGCCAGGGCACGGAGCUUGAUAGCAUGGUCAACCCGGGGACUGCUACUGCGGCCAAGUUCCCAAGCAACAAGAAGACCCUCAGCCAAUGGGCCUCUGUGGCCUCUAUCCUCUGCACCGAUGCUCCCUGUGACGCGUUGGGCUGUGAGCCGGGUGGCACCUGUGUGGUGGAUGAAACCGGAGAGCGCUACUGCCAGUGGGACUCACCCUGUGGCGCCUGCCCCACUGGAGCCACCUGCAAGACGGUGCCUGCGACUAACAACGGCUGGGUGCGGGUGCCUUACUGCGCAUGUCCUUCGGGCUAUGGCAUGACCCCCACGGGGUGUGUUGAUGGUGAAGUGGCCACUGUUGCUUCUUACAGCGCCACAUACAUCGUCAAUCGAACCGCCAACGACUACACUUCCCGACCCUACACCUUCCGCCUCAACCGAAACGGCUGCACUCAAUACCCAGAUGCAGUGGCGGGAAAAUUCACGUCAGUGUAUAUUGUUGAUAACAUCGACGAUGCGCCGUGGUGCCCAAAAUUCCAAGUCUUCUCAACCGAUAACUGUGAAGGCCCUAGCGAUUACGAAGACAAAGGCUCAGUCGAGGAGAUGUUUCUAGCAGGAUAUUCACU